UACGAAAUUCAGGGUUAACUUAAUUAAUUGGUGAAACGCUUUUGAUAUCUUGAUGAUUAAUUGUGGUGUUUAAUUUCCUGGGAAUAUGAAUUUUACUAGCUUGGGAGUUUAUUGUUUUGUUUUUCGGUUUUUGUUGAAUUUGUUUUUCCUUUUUUUUAAUGUUGAAGCAUGGAUUAUUGGUUUGAGUAAACAUAAUCUAUUGAUGAAGUCAUGUCCCCUUUCCUUCUUUUUUGCGUUACUAAUUUCUUCGUAUAGCAUUGGAUUGCUUUUGCUUACACAAUCAUGAUCCCAAGCCAUAAGCACUUAAAUUCAUAUGCAUUGAUAAGUUGUUAGUUCUACUUCCAACUUUCAACUUGAUCGACAAGUGUACAAUUUUAGUGGUUUGUUAUCCAAUUAUAAAAUGAAGUGGUUGGUCUCCCAAAAAUCUUGAACCGGUUUAUGUUGUCGUAGCUGAUUAUUGAUGGUUGGUGUAUCAAUGAGAAUCUUAUCGGGCUUUGGAGCCUACUCGGGUUUCAUCACUAUUCUUGCUUGGUUGCUUCUAACUGAGUCAUUUGGCUCGUUUGCUCAAAAUGAUGUCGAUUGCCUCAGAGCAAUAAAAAGUUCCCUGGAAGAUCCAUUGGGCUACUUAGGGUCAUGGGAUUUCAGCAACAACAGUCGAACAUCUAUCUGUAAGUUCAUUGGGAUCGAAUGCUGGCACCAAGAUGACAACAGGAUAUUGAAUAUCAGAUUGUCGGACAUGGGACUUAAGGGCGGUUUUCCUCAAGGAAUUGUUGGUUGCAAGUCCCUCACAGGCUUAGAUCUUUCAAGAAAUAAUAUUAGAGGAAACAUUCCAAAUAAUGUCUCAAAGCUAAUUGGUUUUGUCACUAGUCUUGAUCUUUCGUACAACCAGUUGUCCGGAGAGAUUCCCGUGGAUCUUGCGAAUUGCUCAUUCCUGAAUGUCCUGAGACUUGACAGCAACCAUUUGACUGGCCAAAUCCCCCUUCAGCUCAGCCAACUCACACGGCUUAAGACAUUUAGUGUGGCAAAUAAUCGAUUGAGUGGACAAGUUCCCACAUUCGCAAAUGCUAAUAUCCCAGCAGAAAGUUACGCAAACAAUUCUGGACUCUGUGGAGGUCCUUUGUCUCCUUGUAGGAAGGUCGAAGGCUAACCAUGCUUGGUGUGUACAUGGUUUAAGUUGUUCGGAUGUUUAUUUGUUUUCCUAGUUAAUUGUAAUAAGUAGAUGGGAGGUUAUUGACCAAUAUUAAUUGGCUUCGAUAUUCUUUCAGUCUACCAGUUAGGAUUUCCUUUUAGUUUAUUUCCUUUCGAUUUUCAAGUUUAUUUUCUUGAAGUUUUAUUUAUCCUUAUCUUUAUGAUUUUCUUUGCCGACAUAAACGCCUCAUUGUUGGACUAAAAAGAUAGAUCUUUUUCAUGUUA